AAUGCCUGACAAAAAAUCACUUUAUGACAAAUUAAUGGCCAUCAUACGAGCAUCUGGCGAUGAUUUCCAAUUGAGCACAUCAAAAACCAAAAUAAAUUGCAAAAUUUGUAAAAAAGAUUUAAAAAUACGAUACAAGUCUGAUUUAGAUGAUCAUGCGAUGGUUUUUUCACAUACUAAUGGUCUCUCGAUCAAAAAUGAGAAACUUAAACAUGUUGUCGACUCUGAAGGUUUGAUGAGAGAUGUUUUCAUGGGACAUAAUGUUUCUCUAAACAUUUGUGAUAGUCCUGUGUACAGAUCAGCAAUGAAAAAAUUCAAUGUAAAAACUUUUUCAUCAAGAACAGAGAAUUGUAAACUUAAAAAGGCGUUUGAAUCUAGACCAAUUCAACUUUGUGCUCGAUUCAUGAAAAAGAAACUCAUUAUGAUUUUCGAUUCUACGAAAAAUGAUGGUAAAAAUUACACGGUGGUUCAUAUGAGCACUACUGAAGAACCCAGUAAUUUUGAACUAGUAUAUGCCGAUGCAUCAGACUUUUCACACAAUCAUGAAACUAUAGAAUCACUUAUUAUAAAUUCUCUGUCUUGUAUAAGCCAGCCUAUAAGUAACGUGGUUCUUAUAAGUCACAGAUGCUGCGCCUGCAAACGCAUUAGCGCGUAA